AUGGGUAAGUUGGGCAGAGUGAAUCAAACUAUUGUCUCAGAGUUCCUCCUCCUGGGACUGCCUAUCGAGUCAGAACAUCAAAACCUGUUCUACGCCCUGUUCCUGACCAUGUACGUUACCACCAUCCUGGGGAACCUUCUCAUCAUCAUCCUCAUUUGCCUGGACCCCCACCUCCACACACCCAUGUAUUUGUUUCUCAGUAACCUGUCUUUCUCUGACCUCUGCUUCUCCUCUGUCACAAUGCCCAAAUUGCUACAGGACAUGCAGAGCCAAGAUUUGUCCAUCCCCUAUGCUGGCUGCUUGACACAAAUGUACUUCUUCCUGUUUUAUGGAGACUUAGAGAGCUUCCUCCUUGUGGCCAUGGCCUAUGACCGCUACGUGGCCAUCUGCUUCCCCCUGCAUUAUACCACCGUCAUGAGCCCCAGGCUCUGUCUCUUCCUGCUGGUGCUGCCCUGGGUGCUGACCACGUUUCAUGCCAUGUUGCACACCCUGCUCAUGGCCAGGCUGCACUUUUGUGCAGACAAUGUGAUUGCCCACUUUUUCUGUGACAUGUCUGCUCUGCUGAAGCUGUCCUGCUCUGACACUCGAGUUAAUGAGCUGGUGAUAUUUAUCACGGGAGGGCUCAUUCUUGUGAUCCCCUUUCUACUCAUCAUCACGUCCUACGCUCGAAUUGUGUCCUCCAUCCUCAAGGUCCCUUCUGCGAGGGGUAUCCGCAAGGCCUUCUCCACCUGUGGCUCCCACCUCACUGUGGUGUCCCUGUUUUAUGGGACAGUUAUUGGUCUCUACUUAUGCCCAUCAGCUAAUAAUUCUACUGUUAAGGAGACUGUGAUGGCUAUGAUGUACACUGUGGUGACCCCCAUGCUGAACCCCUUCAUCUACAGCCUGAGGAACAGAGACAUGAAGGGAGCUCUGGGAAGAGUCUUUUGGAAAAAGAAAACUCCCUUCUGUUUGUGA